AUGCAACUAAAAUUUUCGGCUUUCAAAACUCAGAGUUUUGUCAUUUUUUGCAUAUUAUCGUUUGUGUUUUGUUUCUAUCAAGUACAAACCAACUACUACAAUAUAGCUGAUGUUACAACUAAAGGUAAGUAAUAUUUUAGUUGAAUCUAAUUGAGUUAUAGAAAUGUUUUGGCUAUAAAGCGAGAUUAUAAUGCAUUAGUUUGCUUCAAAUUUUGAUCAUUAGUAAAAAGCGGUAAAGUCAUCAAGUCAAACCCCCAUUUAUCGUAUAAGUUGUCUCCGCAAACUGCAAUAAUUUGGGCGCAGACGGUUUUAGAAAUUAUUCGCGAUUUUUAGUUUCUAACUUUUACUGAUUUUAGGAGCUGGAGCUGCUUUACAAUUACUGCAAAAGCAUAACGGAAGCUGCAAUCUACCAAUAUUUGAUCUCUACCACCCUUCAAUCGCCAAGUUUAUCGACCGGUCUUAUAAAUCUUGGGACAGAUGUGUGCCGUCAUUCACAGUUCGAAGCUGGCUAACCAAUCAAACUUUGUUCAUAACUCCUCAACACUCUUUCUUUACUAGAGAGACAUGUAGGUAUAGGUAAGUUGACUUUUAUAUAAUGUAGCACUAUUUGUUUUACACUUAUUUUUGUUUUUAUUGCACGUUAUCAAGUGCUUGUUAUGCUUAAUAAUAUUGUUUUACUAUAUUAAUUAUGCUAUUUUACUACAGGUGCGUUUUGCAUGUAAAUGACACAAGUUAUAAGACCUCUGAAUGGACAGAAUACCAAUUUGAAUCCGAGAACAAAGCUUUAUGUGAUGUGGUUGAAGUACAGUGUUCCAAAGCCCUACUACAAACGUACCAGUACAUUCAUCUUCAAAUUGUUGAAACGUAAGUACUAACAGCAGUUGUUCGACAUUGUGCUUUAUAUUAUUUUAGUUUAUAUUUUAAUAUUAAUGAAACAAGUCCCUACAAUAAUCUCUUUAACUUCUCUAUACCCUCAUUUCUUCGUUAAUACUUAUCUAAUUUCAGUCCAGCCCCAAAGCCAUCUAGAAACAAAUCUAACGUGUAUAUAAUCAUACUAGACUCGACAAGCACCAGCAGUGUCAAGCGAUCACUUCCAAAGACGAAAAGGUAUCUAGAAGUACACCAUCAAGCUGUGACUUUUGAUUAUCUGAACAAAGUUGGACUGAAUUCAAAGCCGAAUGCAUAUGGCUUUCUUUUAAAUGAAGCUCCAGAAGAUGUAACAGGUCCAGAUGGCGCGACAAUCGUAAAACGACAGAAUGACGAUUACUGUAACGUUUCUUUGAACAAUUUCAGUUUUGUUGGCUACCAUUUUCAACACGAGGGCUACAAGACAUUUAUGUUUGACGAGGGAGGUCUAGGAGUGCUUAGUGCUCCGAAUUGUGUUGGCUUUAACAAGUCUGUCGCUGAUCACUAUUUACGGUAAGAAUGUUGGGUUGGUGAUGAAAACCUGAGACACCACCAGCUUUUUAUAAGUUUUACUGUAGUCAUAAUAAUUUUAAUAUGUUGCAAUAGUUAACUGUGACUAAAAAUCUUGUUAUUGAUCUAUAUUGUCAUUGUUUCAGUCAAUUUGGACGACGAAUAGAAGACGACAACUUUAAUGAUCUGGAAAGUUUCUACUACAACAUGUAUACAGCUCAAUGCCGAGACCCGUUUAACGUACUCUUUGAUACAAUACAUCAAUUUGGAAAAAGUUAUGAAGACAUCAAUAAGUUUGGAUUACUAUGGGUAACAUACCAAGCUCACGACAGUUUCAAUGGAUUGUAUAGGGCUGAUGAUAAAAUGUUAGAACUUUUUGAAAAUAUGACUGAUAUGGUAUGGUUUUACAUUGAACUUGCAUUUUUUGGUUGAAAAGUCUAUUUUAAAGGGCUUGUGUUAGUACAUUUAUCUCAAAAGUAAACUUUUUAAACCAUAGGCAUAAAAUUAAUAUAUCCAAGACCCACAAACACAUUCCAGCUAGAUGACUCCUUCUUCAUAUUCAUGGGAGACCAUGGCCCCAGAUUAGGCCCCUCACGAAACACCUAUGUUGGAGAUCUAGAGGAACUGAAUCCUUUUCUGAUGAUUACAGUACCCAAGCAUCUACGGCAAAACAAGAAUCUACAAGAACUUUUGAAGCAUAACUCCCAGGAAAUGGUAUCUCACUACGACGUCUACGCCACACUGAGUCACAUAGCCAGACACAGCGACAAGUGGACCAACAGUACCAAAUUCUCAGAAGAAGCCUUCAAACCGACUGACAUUAAACUAAAAGGAAGCUCUCUACUCCAUAAACUACCGUAUCCCAGAAACUGUAAAACUCUUCUGAUACCGUCACGAUUCUGUUUGUGUCAGAAGUCAGAGAGAACCAUACAGGAUAGUACUCUCAGUGAGAAUGUUGGUACCAAAGCUGUUGAUCUCAUGAACAUGGCUAUUCAGAACGGAACGUUGGGUGGGAAAUGUGCUGUUUUAACGGUGGAUAAAGAGAAUUCAAAGAAUAUUAUUGAGACUUCUCAUGGAUACGAUACUUACUACACUUUGAAGUUACGUGUCAAACCAAGUAAUGGCUUGUAUAAUAUUGAGUUUAGGGUAAGUUGAGGUUAUAUUGACAUUGAUUUUUGUUUUGAAGAUUGUUUGACAUAUAGUUUUUAAAGGGACUUUAUGAUAAAACAGUACCAAUUGUACCAAAAAGCAGAAAGUAUUGCAAGUAAACGACUAAUUUGAACUGAAUAUAGAUAUUUUAGAUAACAAACUCAACGGCCAAGCUAACGUCGACGACAUUCAGCCGAGUAGACGCCUAUUACGAACAGUCAAAAUGCAUCGACAGAAGCUUUCUUCAGAAUUACUGCUACUGCAAACGAUAG